UUGUUUGUAUUUCAGUACAGAGUUUUACCACACAACGCAUUUGUUUUAAGGCAGUCUUCAGUUUCGUAAUACAUGUUACAUUACAUCAUUGACGUACAUUGUUUGUGUCACGUUCACCGGCCUUUCCCGCGCUUUUCAAAUAUACUAGUCGAUUGUGUUGUUUGCUAACUGUCUGGUUUAAUCACGGAGAUUAUGUCUGCUUUCCAUGCGACACUGUCUGUUUGUUAAAUGUCCGUUGUGUAACUACUUAACGCAUUAGUAUGGUAUUUAGAAUGUACCGUAAUACACUUUUUUAUUCUCAUUAAGUUGUAGAACUAGUAUAUUCAUAUUCAUAUUUUCCACUUCGCCGGCGGAUUUUUGGAACUAUCUAUUUCCAUUCACCAGAUGUAAUCUCAUUUGAAUAAUGUCAAUUUUGACUAAGCUCUUCAGUCACUAGAUUCAUUGAACGAACAAAUUCUGCAAUUUAUCUUCAGUUCGUCUUUAAAUAACGCUGGUACAGGAUCUGUAUCCGGACUUAUAUCAAGUUUUGAUAGCGACGCACUUCUUCCAAAACAGAGAGAUGCACUCACUGCGUCACUCACCUUGAUGAGGAGGCUGCUCAUGGAUGCACAGACCAAGUUUAAGAAAAUGGUCGAUGAUAAUCGUCGAUUAGCCAGCCACAUUGACGGUACAAUACAAUCUGCUAAUCAAGAAGUCAACACUUUACGAAUUGAACUAGAUAUGACGAACAAAAAACUACGAGAACUUUCCAUGAGAGAUUCCUGCCAGCAUUGCCAGGGUCGGAGAUCAGAAGUGAGAGAACUGAAAAAACUUGUAGAAGAGAAUAAAAGAUUGUCAAGUGAGAAUCGCCAACUUCAAAAAGAAACUGAAAAUUUACGACAGCAAGCAUCAUGUGUAUCAGAACUCGCCAAAACCAAACUUGCAUUGCAUGAGAUGAUGACCGACAUGCGACUGAUACAAGAUGAGAAAAGAGAUGUUUUCAUUCAACUGGAAGAACUCCACACAUUACUUGAUGAAAAAGAAGAACAAUUACGAUCGUUCAUCAGACAAUAUGAAAAUCAAAUGCAGGAACAAGAAGCCAAAAUGGCUUCAUUAAAAGAAGACAAAAGCAGACUUAUUCAUGAAAAAGAUGAUUUGACUCACAAGAACACUGAAGUUGGAGAAAUCAUCUCAUCAUUAAGACAUGAAUGUGUCUCUAAAGAUAAAAGAAUUCGUGAUUUAGAAACAGAAUUAUCACAGACGAUCGAGUUUCUCUCUCCCGCACAAAUACAAGCUAAAAACAGAAGAUCUUGUAAUAGUGAUGAAUAUGCAAACCAUAAAGUUACAAAUCUCUCUGUUGAUAACAAUUUGACUAUCGACAGUGCUGACCUGAUUGCUUCUCCCGCAUCACCUCGUACUUUUCUUUCCAAUGUUCCAUAUUCUUCGUCUUCAAACGAGGAGGUAUGUGGUGUCGGUAAUGGUCAAGCGUCAAUUGAACGAGCGUCUCUUGAAAAACCAAAUCGGAAGAGGACCAAACUUGUUACACAAUUAUCAGGCUCAUUAUCAAGAGCAUGGGGACGUGCGAGGAAUCGGAAAAGUUUGGAUAUAAGCAAUCCUGGAACACCUUCUAGCAUUCCCAGAAAUACAGCGUUGUCUAUACGAUCGUACAGUACAGACACCGAUGUUUUUCUAUCUGGAAGUCGAAUGUCAUUGUAUGAUCGAACGGACGACGAGAAGAAAGAAAUUAUGGAUGAAAGUAAAAUUUUGCCAAUGCACAAGUGGAGAGCGGACACUGUUCAAGUCUGGUUAGAAUUGGUGAUGCAUAUGUCACAAUAUACCAAGGAAUGUGUGGAGAAUGUAAAAAGCGGAAAGGUUUUGCUUGGAAUGACGGAAGAUGAAUUAGAAACUUGUCUUUAUAUAACAAAUCCAUUACAUAAAAGAAAAUUAAAAUAUGCGAUAGAUGAAUUCCAGAAUCCAGCGGUCACUAUAAGUACCAUGUCAGCUGCGGGUCAGCUUGACCAUUGGUGGGUUAGUGAACACUGGAUGCGAGACGUGGGUUUAUCUCAAUACGCAUCAAAGUUCCGAGAAAACCUUGUAGAUGGUCGAGUAUUGAACAGUCUCACAAGAAAAGAUCUCGAACGCCAUCUUGGCAUAGACAGCAAGAGGCAUCAAGAUUCCAUAAUCAAAGGAAUUGAACUGCUAUCAAUGCUUGGUUUUGACAAACAGAGAUUGGAAGAACGCAGACAAAUGUGCCAUUCCUGUGAUGCUGAUCUUGUUGUAUGGAGUAAUAAUAGACUUAUACAAUGGGCCAAAUCUGUUGAUCUCAAAGAAUAUGCCUUCAAUUUGCGUGAAAGUGGUGUUCAUGGUGCGUUACUUGUUCUGGACACAUCGUUCAAUUCUGACGAUCUUGCCACUGCUCUCGGAAUUCCUUCUUCAAAAACAAUACUCAGGCGACAUCUGGCAACUGAGUUUGAUGCGUUAGUUCGACCUGCAAGGGAAACAUUUAAAGAAGAGAAUGGUCUCAGUAACAACACAACUUCAUCAUCGUCUCUCAAAAAACGUGGUGGAUCAUUAAGUUAUUCUUUCAUUCGAUCAACCGACCAAACAAGAAGGUCACGGAGGAGUUUAAGAUCUAUCAGUCGAUCGUUUGGACGUCAUUUGGGUAGAGAUUAUCAUAUGGUUAAUGGUACUGAUCGUGAGACAAAAUGAAGCAAUGGAUGAAAUAUUGUUUAUUGCUGAUGUUGAAAGCCAUUGAUUGAAAUAGAUUAUCUUUAUCAAUAGCAGAAAGCCAUUUUGUGAAGAAUUUGUUUCAAAACAUUGUUGACUGGAGGAGAAUACCAGAAUUCCAUGGCACUGCAAAGUUCCUAGCUGUUCGUUUUCUUUUAAUUUUUUUUUUUAAUUUUUUCACCAUGACUUUUUUGAAAAAAUGACAAUGACAUGAAGUUUAUUUACAAUAUCAUUUAAAGAAAUUUAGCGAUAUUUGUUCAAUUUCAUUAUAGAGUUGGUUGAAAAGGAAUGUUGCGUUUUUUUGAAACUUAUUUUUGAAUUUUCAUGAAGGGUUAAUUUAAAGAUUUUUUUAUCGUUGUUUGGGCAGUGUUUGAAUUGACAGUCAACAAUCAAGCAUGGCCAUCUAUAAACAGUUUCACAUAUGUAGGUUUACCUACAGCCCAUGCUCGGUAAGAUCCCAAUGCUAAUUUAUUCCUGGUAAACAAGCUUCAUCCAUACAUGGCAUUCAGAUAAAAUUGAAAUUUUUUUUUUUUUGUCAAAAUUUUUAUUUUGUAUCAUCAUGAAUGAUUUUUACUAAUAUCUUCAUAGAUUUAAGUUUUGUGUAAAAAAAUGAAUUUUGGUAUUUUUAUUUCAAAUUUGUUUAAACGUCAUGCUCAAUUAUUCUCAUGUAAGGUAUCCACUGUGUGUACUAGAGAGCAAUAUUUAUUGCUAAGGUCUGUUUGUAUUCCUUCAAACUGGAUUUUUUGUUUAAGCAAGAGCACAUUGUUUUUGUUGCAGCAAAAGUCAAUCAAUGUUAAGGACUUAGAUGUAAUAAUUUAUGAUAAAAAGUCGCCUUAGCUUGAUUGUUGUGAAUUUUGACAACUCGGAAUAGCAUAACUUAGGUAAGUCAAUGAUGACGGUAUUUGCAAUUUUGGCUUAGGGUUCCAAAAUUUAGUCAAAAAAAUUUAUAGGUUUCCACUGAAAAUUCAAGGAUUAUUAUUUCUUUGAUAAUCUGCUGGGUUUCUUAUAUAUCUUUCCCCCCAUUUCUUGAAAUUUUGAAUUUUAAUAAUAUCGCUUAUUGUAUGUGAAAACCUUGAAUACAUUUCAUAAUUGUUAAAUACCGCAUCAAAUUAAAAGUCUUGCUUGCGCAAUAGAAUGUGCAUUGUCCUAGUCGGAAAGGGACGGAUGUUUUUCAGAUGGUUAGUGUCUUACGCCUGGAUAUUGUUGUGGAACAAACUGUUACUGCCACAGGCUGAAGCUUGGUUUUAUUUGUUUCUUAGUUUUACCUAUUUAGGAAUGAUCUUGAUAAACGAAGAUGCUUGCUCAGUUUUUUUUUUUUUGCUCUUGUUUCUAAUAAAUUUUUUGUCAAAUGCGAAACAUG